CAAGAAAAUGGCUGCAGCUUUGUCAGCGUGCACAAGAUCAAUGACAAAAUGUUGCUGCACUGGUAGACAAGAAAGUGGCAAACGCUUCUUCUUAGAAUCAGGUUUCUUUCUACACUAGGGAUCAGAAAACAAGAGUGUUGUAGCAUCUAGUGAACUGUUUAACUAUAUUUUCCAAACAUGGAAUGUCGGCGGCCAUUUUCCUGUGGUUUUAACUCUAUCCACCUGACAUCACUGUCAGGUUCUCCCGCAGCCCACUGUACCAAGUGUGUAUUUCCUUUCUGGGGCAGAUUUGGAGGACCUAUGUUAACGACACUUGAGCUGUGAGGAACGCAAGUCUUUAUUGGAGGUCACGUGAGAAUGAGAUGCGUCAUUGAUUCGCUGAGGAUGGAGAAGGACAGGAGUCCCAUGACUGAAAGGAUAGUAAAUCUCUCCCUGGAGAUCAUCUACCUGCUGACUGGAGAGGAUUACACAGUUGUGAAGAAGACAUCUGGUGAGUGUGUUACACCCAGUAGCCAUUCCUGUGUGUCAGGAAGACGGAGCAGGACCCAGAGCCCCAUCACAGUAUCCCCACUUCACUCACUGAUACAUGAGAGAGACAAUGAGCAGAAGAUCCUGGAACUCACAAACAAGAUCAUUCAGCUGCUGACUGGAGAGGUUCCUAUAAGGUGUCAGGAUGUCACUGUCUAUCUCUCCAUGGAGGAGUGGGAGUAUGUAGAGAGACACAAGGGUCUGUAUGAGGAUGUGUUGGUGGAGAAUUGCCAGACCCUCAUACCACUGGAUGGGUCCAGUAACAGAGAUACCCCAGAGAGAUGUCCUUGUCCUCUUCAUUCACAGGACUGUACAGAGGAGAAUCACAGGACCCCACAGGAGGAUCAGGGUGACGGUCUGACUGAUAUUAAGGUAGAAGAUAUGGAGGGAGAAGAAGAGAUGUAUGUGAGGGGUGAUCAGCAGUGUAAGGAGGAGGAAAUCCCUACAGAUAUCAGCUCAGUAGAUGGGCGCACAAGCAGGAAUAUCUCGGAGGGAGGACUCAUCAUGUCUCCAGAUAUUAAAAUAGAAGAUAAGAACAUCAGACAAGAUUCUCCAGGAGAAAACACCAUUAUCCUAAAUAUACAUCCAGCACUUCCCAGUACAGAUAUGUCAUGUGGUUCCUCUAAUCAUGAGGAACAUUCUCCUGAUAAUUCAGAUCUUGCUACACACAAUACAGCUCAUAAAGGUGAAACAGUAUCAUCUAGUUAUGAAUCUGGUAUAAGUUCUAUACAUCAGUCAGCUUUUGUUAGGCAUAAAAAAUCUCACACAGGUGAGAAUCCGUUUACAUGCUCUGAGUGUGGGAAAUGUUUUACACAUAAAUCCUCUUUUGUUUUACAUCAGAGGACACAUACCGGUGAGAAGCCAUUUAUGUGCCCUGAGUGUAAAAAAUGUUUUACAAAGAAAUCCAGUCUUGUUAGACAUGAGAUACUUCACACAGGUGAGAAGCCAUUUACAUGCUCUGAGUGUAGGAAAUGUUUUACACAUAAAUCCUAUCUAGUCAUACAUCAGAGGACACACUCUGAUGAGAAGCCGUAUACAUGCUCUGAGUGUGGAAAAUGUUUUGCAAUUAAAUCUAGUCUUGUUACACAUGAGAGACUUCACACAGGUGAGAAGCCAUUUACAUGCUCUAGGUGUGGGAAAUCUUUUGCAAAGAAAUCCAGUCUUGUAACACAUGAGACACUUCACACAGAUGUGAAACCAUUUUCAUGUCCUGAGUGUGGGAAAUGUUUUGCAAAUAAAUCCAGUCUUGUUACACAUGAGAGACUUCACACAGAUGUGAAAGCAUUUUCAUGUUCUGAGUGUGGGAAGUGUUUUGCAAAAAAAUCACAUCUUGUUACACAUGAGAGACUUCACACAGGUGAGAAGCCAUUUACAUGUCCUGAGUGUGGGAAAUGUUUUGCAAAGAAAUCACAUCUUGUUACACAUGAGAGACUUCACACAGGUGAGAAUCCGUUUACAUGUCCUGAGUGUGGGAAGUGUUUUACACAAAAAUCUCAUCUUGUUACACAUGAAAGAAGUCACACAGGUGAGAAACCUUUUCCAUGUUCAGAGUGUGGGAAAUGUUUUAUUUAUAAAUCUUAUCUUGUUAUACAUGAGAGAAGUCACACGGGUGAGAAACCUUUUUUAUGUUCUGAGUGUGGGAAAAAUUUUCCAAGUAAUUCACGUCUUGUGGAACAUCAGAGGUCACACACUGGGUAUAAACCGUUUCCAUGUCCUGAGUGUGGGAAAUGUUUUGCAAAAAAAUCAUAUCUUAUUAUACAUCGGAGAAAUCACACAGGUGAGACACCAUUUACAUGCUCUGAGUGUGGGAAAUGUUUUACACAGAAAUCAGGUCUUGUUAAACAUAUUAGAAUUCAUAGGUGAGAAACGGUUUUCAUGUUCUAGUUGUGGAAAUGUUUUACACAGAAAUCAGGUCUUGUUAAACAUAUUAGAAUUCAUAGGUGAGAAACGGUUUUCAUGUUCUAGUUGUGGAAAUGUUUUACACAGAAAUCAGGUCUUGUUAAACAUAUUAGAAUUCAUAGGUGAGAAACGGUUUUCAUGUUCUAGUUGUGGAAAUGUUUUACACAGAAAUCCCAUCUUGAGAGACAUCACACCAAUGAGAAGCCAUUUACAUGAACUGAGUGCGGGAAAUGUUUUGCACACAAAUUGUUUCUUAGACAACAGAAAGCUCACACUUCAUCAAUGAGCUGAUAUAUGUAAAAUAAGCAUCAAUAGUAAAUAUUGAGAAAGUGGUGUAUGUUAUUAAUGUAAAUAAUAAAAGCAGACAUGAAUACAUUAAAACAUA